AUGAAUAAUCCGGCUCAACAACCUCCACCCCCUAUUAUACCAGCUGUUGUACCUCCGAUUGCACCUCUACCUCUUCUUGUGAUUGAGCCUAGUCGACGUAUUCCGAUUGAGAAACUCAGAAAGUGUGGUACUGAAGAAUUUAAGGGUAAAUUAGAGGAUGAUCCGGUUAAAGCUGAGUAUUGUCUUCAGAAUAUCUUACGAGUUUUCAAUAAAAUGGCUUCUCCUCUUGAUGAUUUUAUUAGAUGUGUUGUUUCAUUAUUAAAAGAGGAAGCGUAUAGUUGGUGGACUAUGAUAGUAGCUGUGGUACCGAGGGAGAAAAUUUCUUGGGAUUUCUUUCAAUCUAAAUUUAAAAAUAAGAAUGUCGGGAAACGGUAUUUGGAUAAGAAAAAGAGAGAAUUUCUUAAAUUACAACAGGGAAAUAAAUCGGUGGUUGAGUAUGAGAGGGAGUUCGUAUAUCUCAGUAAAUAUGCUCGGGAGAUUGUGCCUACUGAAGAAGAGAUGUUUAACAGUGUGGGAAGUGUACGAAAUGUUCCGAAGCCCAAUUAUAGAUAUUGUGGGAAAUAUCAUCCUGGUGAGUGUAGAGCUAAGUCGGAAGUUUGUUUUAGAUGUGGGUCAACUGAUCAUUUUAUUCAGAAUUGCCCUAAACCACCAAAAGAGGAUGAAGAUCAUAAAGGAAAGAAAAUGUCUACAUCUCAAAAAGGUAGAUGUCUGGGUCAGAAUAAUGUUGUUGGGAUGGCUCAUACCGGGGUAAAAGACACUGUUGUUUUAUCAGAGGCUAGAGCACCUGCUCACACAUGUGCUAUUCGAGCUAGAGAGGAAGCUGCUACUCCUGAUGUGAUUGCUAGUAUAUUCUAUCUCUUUGAUGUUAUUGUCUAUGCAUUUAUUAACCAUGGGUCAACUCAUUCUUAUAUUUGCACUGCAUUAGUAACGAAAAAGAAAUUACCUGUUGAAUCUACUAAUUAUGAUAUUCAAGUUACUAAUCGACUAGGUCAGAGUGAGAUAGUUAACUUAGUUUGUCGCAAAUGUCCACUGAAAGUUAAAGGCUGUGAAUUCCUUGUUGAUUUGAUGUUGCUACACUUUCAGGAAUUUGAUGUUUCUGGGUAUGGAUUGGCAACUGUUGCAUGA